UCAUUAUAUGUAUAUAGGUGAACUUCUCAUGAUAAUCGUUGAUUGACCUCAUUGGUACUAGAUUUAAUAUCAUUAGAUGCUUAUAUCACUAAAUAUGUUUAGGUCACAUGAUCUUCAGAUGAUGGACAUUUCUAGACUUUUGUCUGGUUUUUGUUGGAAAUAAGUAUCUUUUUUUUUAUUUGUGGCUUUUUACUGUAUUUUUAAAGCAAAUCUCAGGAGACAAAUCAAUGUUAUUUUUGUCACUAUUUAUAGAUUUGAAUCCUUCCCCAUGCUAGUCUGUUAGUAUAGAUAGACAAAAGCCUACUUGCUGUGUAUAUAUGAUGCAGGAUUUUAGCCUUAUUUAUUUUCUCAUGUACUCAACAUGUGGAUGUAUAGCUUUGAUGACAGAUUUCAGGUAAAGACUCAUUAAACAACAGUAAACAAAGAAAUACUUUUCAUUCUUGUGCCUGCCAUGAAUUUUCAAAAGUUGCAGAUUACCAUAGAAUUCUUGAAAUACCUGUGUUCACAAUUGAUAGAUGUAGGGUAACCAAACUUGUAUUGAUUUUCGGUCAAGGAUCAAUUGUCAUGGUCAAUUUGGGCCAUAUGUCCAGAGUGUUGCGUUGUUAACAUGGAUAAUCAAGUUUUGUUCCAUAUCAAUUCAUGAGAGGAUGGUCCCCAUUGAUUUUCAAUUAGAGGUCAAGGGUUAUUUAGAGUCAGGUCAAAGGUCAAACAAUACAUGUAUAUGUGUGAUGUCCUUGCCUUGUUCCCUUGCCAUUAUUUUCAUUAUUGUCAGAUGAAGUCGGGAUGACCUGUGUAGUAUUGUUCUAUUUCUUCACUACUGGUUCACUGUAUCAGGGGAGUUAAGAAUUUGCUAUCCAUCACUCUGGCUUUAACUUGACAAGGUUGAGUAAUUCGGUCAGGUGUACAAGAUAACAAACUUUGUACAAGUUCCAGACUUUGGGAUUCACAUAUUUGUAACUGUUCCCUUUUUGCUUGAGUUAUGGUCUAUUUCAAAUUUGACAGUCAUUCUUAAGAAUACUGAAGUAUUUGAGCAAAACACUACUUGAGUCUCUGACAAUAUGACAAUGUGCAGUUAAGUUUUACGGUAGUUACAUAAGAAAACUUUCUACAGGUUCCGCUUUCAGAAACAAUAUUAUACAAAAAUGUGCAGAUCACUUAUCAUUUCCAACUUUUAAUUCUUCUUGAAGUUCAGAGUUAUAGAAUCUUAAGUCACAUUUACAAUAUACAUUUGACACACUCAUUGCCUACUGUCGACACUAAUGCAUUUUAAUCUGUCUAUGCACAAUCCUGUCUUACACUCAGCAGUAUAUCCAUUUCUCUAUGAAAUAUUCAUGGUGACUGGUAGGGAAUUUGUAAUUCUCAGCCAAUUUUUUUUCUUUUUUUUUUUUUUUCUGAAGGCAAUUUAAAAAACACUGGAACAAUGCCUACUUAUUAUGAUCUGAUGCCUAGAUUUGCAGAUCACCUGUUUUCUUUAGACAUCAAACACCCACUGCUGGUGCCUGUGAUUGGCUGAUACACACUUAGCUGUUACUUUUGUUCAUACCAAAAUAUUGUGGAAGUAAUCUUGAAGUUUGGAAAGAAAAGCAACAUUUUCUUUGGAAGUGACUUUGUUGAUUAGCUUCUGAUUGGUUGUUUUUAAGACUUAUGAUUGAUUGAAACUUAAUCCUUGUCAGAUUUCAAUCAGCUGGUAUGUAGAUACUAUAUAUUAUGGUUUACCAGGACUGCAUUAACAUGGUCUGUAACUUUUGAGAUAGGCUGGGUAGGCUGCCAAUAAAAAAAAAAAAAAAAAAACAUUCAGAAUCAAAGGACCGAAAAAAUCACUGGUGAUCAAUUAAAUGGAAACAAAAAUGGGUGCCAAUAUCCCUUUGGAUCGUUUGUUUGAGUUUCCUUACUUUUCAACAAAAUAUUACUGCAAGUCAUGAUCAGAACAAUUCCAAGUUGAUGCAAAUUAAUAUGACUACAUUUCAAAAUUAACUCUGGUUCCUGGGCUUCUUGACUAGUUCUUUUUAUGUGGAGUUGUUUCUGAAGAACAAAACUAAAUUUUCAAUAAACACUACAAUCCUUUGUCUUUGUGUUUCAGUAUUGUACACAAACCUGUAACAUGUAAAGUUGUUUAACCGUGCAUUCUCUGUAUAGAUUAAAUCCAACUAAGGGGAGGGAACUCUGUACCAAUGCUGAAUUUCUUCUAUAUUCAUAAGCUUUAAAGUGUGUUGUAAAGGCCCGAUAAUUCAGUGGCAUUGUGCAUGAUGACUUACACAUUUGUUAUUGAUGUGUAUCUGUAAAGAAACUGUUUUGACAUCCUCACAAACACACACACCCUCUGUUCCCAUGCACACUCUGGCUAUUGUUAUCAGUUUUGAUAAUGUCCGAUUGUGAUCUGUAUUCACAAAUUCUAUUAUUAUUAUUCAUCUCUAGUUAUAUAUUCAUCUCAUGUCCGUAAAUAGAAUUAAGACCACCACCUGAUUUCCUGGAGAUACUGCUCUAGUUAGUAAAUAUUUAUAUAUAUAUAUAUGAUAUAUACUUCUGACCUGUAGCAUUUAUACACGAUAGCAUACCUAAUACCUAUACUGCAUGAUGUUACACUAAACCGGAGAUUUGUGCAUAAUUUGAUACAAGGUGGUUAGCCCACCAGAAUUUUAGUAUUAACUAUCAACAUUUACAGACUAUACUCUUCCAUAAUUGUUUUAAUCAUCAGUUUAUGGUUUGUUUCACAAAUCAAAAAAUAUCAAAUCGAUAUUAAGUAUAUAAUAAAUAUUAUUUUCUUGAUAAAGUAUUUAAGUAAUGGUUGUAUGUAAGCCAUGAUCUUGUCAUGUUAUGUCAUGUUGAAUGCUUUUAUGAUUAUAUAAGUACAGCUGGAUUUAUAACAUGUUAUUGGUAAAUGUCUUUAUAUAAUUUUUUUCUUAUUUUUUUUUUUUUUUCUGUCUUUUUUUUCGCUGAUGCGUAAGAGUUCUUCCUCAACCUUGACACUCGUUGUGUUACUAUUCUAUGUACAUCAACAGGAAACAGAUGGGAUAGGAGACAUUUAUGACAUUUGAAGUGUAAUAUUGAUUAUGCAAUUGAUUAGAUGCUAAAAUGUUUAAUAAUAGCUAGUUUAAAUAUUUAAUUUGGACAAAGAUAAAUGCUCUCCCAUCGAUUGAAGCUGGUUGAUGUCGUAAAUAUUUACACAGAUGAGUUGCUUGGCAGGAGAAUCCUUUGUAUCUAUUGUCACUGUGUGUUUGGUAUUAAGAUGAUAAUGUUUGUUGCACGCCUAGCCCCUCCCAUCACCUUAUUAACUUCCCCCACAGAGGUGAAUACAACAGAUUCCUAACCUCUAUCACAUUAACAAAUGAUAUAUUAAAGCUCCUAGCCUUUCUCUAUAGGGUACGGAAUGUUCUACAAUUGGGGAAAUACAAAAAAGAUGGUAGAUGUAUUAGAUGGGAUGUUACAACUAAGGGAAGAAACGAGCUGAUGUUCAUCCUGAAAUGAAUACAAGGGGUAGAGGGAUGAAAGAAGCUGAUAUCCUUUAAUAUAAGAAAUAUUUCUGGAAGGGGAAGGCCUAAAAACAUGAUGGGUAGGGGGAGGCGCCAGAGUGCAAUACUUUUCAUUGGAUGGACUAAAUAAAACUGCAGCCUCUUUUAGCUACAAGUAAUAAGGAGAGCUAACAUUGUCCUGUGUGGCCUCAAGUGUGAUGUAUAGCAGCUAAAGAUGGCAAAACUAAUUCAGAUGGAACAAACAGUUACCGAUCCAACCAUGAGGAGACGAAAAGGAAAAUUAAAGUGAACCUUAAUCGCCUCGAGGUGAACAAGUUGGACAACUCUGGUGAUGGGAAGAAUCAUGGGAAGUCGGACCACACUGGGGACCACAAGACCAGCCAUGCGGAUCAGAAGCAUUCCACCGUGAAGAUCCACAGGACCUUGGAAAAGUCAACAGUGCACCAGGUGAAGACAAAGGUAGAUGUUGUGUCUUCAAUGAAGUUGCCCAAUGAUUCGGUGGCGUCAAUCCAGACUCCAGACGAAUGCCUGGCUUUAAUCAAGAUGCCAGAUGAGUCAGUGGCAUCAAUCCAGACUCCAGAUGAAUGUCUGGCUUUAAUCAAGAUGCCAGAUGAAUAUCUUGCUUCUAUUAAGAUGCCAGAUGAAUGUCCUAAUUCCAUCAAGAUGCCAAAUACAGUCCUGACUUCAAACCAAGAUCAGAGAGAAUCUGAGAUGACCAGCAACGACCAGAACAAGGCCGGGGGUGGUUUGAGUUUCUCCUUCAAGAAGACUGGUGCAAAGAUAUUGUCAGCUGCUGUGUUUAAACAUGAAGACGAGGAAGACAAGUCCAAAGGUUUGGAAGCAGAUGGACAACAGCUCCCAUUGCUUGAUAACUUGCCAUCGAAGGAGGAACAGCAUUCAGUCAACAAUGAGCAGCAUCCAAAGGCAAAGUCACUGGGGUCUUUUAUCAAGGUUAUGAACAAAGAGGAGACUAUGGAGCUUGACUGGCCUGUUGCUAUGGUGAAGUAUACAAAAACAGAGCCUGUCAUUGGUUACAGCUGUGACCCUCUGACCUUUGACUUCAAUCAGUUAUUGGCCAAACCAAAACAUGAUGUUGCAAGUUCUUCCAAGGAAGAAGAAACACCAGCAGCAACUAAGGAGGUAGACCAUGAUUUGGUCAAGUCCAAAGCGGAAGUAUCAAUCACGGAGAAGGCAACUGAAGAUGUGGUAAUGGAGGAUGCAUCAAAGAAAGAAGAUAAAAGCGUCAAAAAGAAAAAGAAGAAAAGUAAAAAGCACAAAAAAUCUGCCAAGAAUAAUAGUACAGUACACCAUGGAACAACAGAGGCUGAUGGGAAAAAGUCCUCAGAGAAGCGAAAGAAGAAAAAGAAACGGAAGAGCAAACAUCAUGAACCGACAGAGGAAGGAAAAGGGGAUAAACACGCAGAGGAGAAAAAGGAUGAGAUUGAAGACCAGAAAAAGUCUCACAGCAAACACAAGAAAGAAAAGAAAGAUGCAGAAACGGACGAUAAUUCUCAGGGAGGAAGCGACGAUUCUGGUGAAGAAGGCCAUAAAAAGACAGUCAAACACAAGAAACAUAGACACAGCAAAAAGUCAAAAAAGAAAAAGAAGAAACAACAUUCUGGUGACAAGAAAGAGGAAACAAAAGAUUCAGUAAACCAGGAAAGUAAGGAUAACAAUAAAGAUAAUGAAAAGGACUCAAAGGAGCAUGCCAAGGAACAACAGAAAACAAAAUCAACUUCUGAACGAAAGACAGACUCCAAACUGAGCCAUAAAAAGGCUGAGAUAACUCCUAGUAAGGCAGGCAAAGAACUAAGGGAGAAAAAGGAGAUAUCAGAUUCUUCAGAGGAUGAGGAAAUUGUGAAGGAAAGAAAGAGGAAGAAAAGGAAGAAGAAAGUGGAUGGAAAGAAAGUAGAUAAAAUCAAUAAUGUGAAGUCAACUGAUGGUAAAAAGACAGUGGAGAGGGUGGCUGUGAAACGUAGCUAUACUAGUGAGGAGUCUGAGUGUGAGGUUGAGGUGAAUAGAAAGCCUGGUAAGGCUCCGGCCUCAGACAGAAGCAAUAAAAGUAAGAGUUCACCUGUGUUAACGACUGCAGCACUCAGCAAGAAAAUAAAGAAGGAACCUGGCAGCGGUUCCGAGAGACAAAGUGUGCCCUCGACACGUAAAAGACAAACCAGUGAGUCUAGUGUUAAUGACACAACUCCAGUGUCAGUUAAGAGACAAAAAGUUACACCCAUACAACAAGUGAAAGUAGAGACACCGGUGGAAAACUCGUGGAAUAAAAUGGAGAGUAUGAUCGAAAUGAAAGCAACCGAUGAUAAUACGAAAUCAAAAUGGGACACUAGUGACAGUGAAACAGAGGUAGCAGUGGACACUUCGCCGGCUAAGGAGACAAAACCUCUUGGUAAAUUGACACCUGUGGUCAGCACAAAGCUGGUCUCCCCCGAGGUGAAAAAGACUGUUUCAAAUCCAGCUGCUCAGCAACAUGUCGCAAGCAAACCAAUUCACUUAACUAUGCCUGUUUUACAAAACCCAAGUGGGCACCAGAAGACAGAUUCAAAAACAUCGCAGCACAAAUUGACAGAUAUACGCAAAGACUCCAGCCGUUCUCACUCCCGGGGUCGCAAUCGCCAUCAUCGGAGAUCCUAUUCUAGGAGUUACAGCCGAUCAGGAAGUUCUUCCUACUCAUCAGACUCUAGUCAUUCGAGAUCACGUUCAUAUAGUAGAUCUUAUUCCCGUAGCUCACGUUCUAGAUCUCGAUCUCACAGACGGUCACGAAGGUCACGUUCUAGGUCAUAUAGCAGUUAUACAGAUGAUAGCUACAGUUCUAGAUCGCGGUCAAGAUCAUCAAGGAGUCGUAGAUAUUCCAGGUCUAGUUCAUACUCGCGAUCAAGGUCAAGAAGUCGUCACUACAGAUCUUAUUCAAGGGGUAGCAGUAGGUCAACUAGUUACUCUAGGUCAAGAAGCAGAUCUCAAUCAUAUAGACACUCAAGAUCUCACAGAAGGACUAGAUCCUACAGUCGGUCCUCACGACAUUCUAGUGUGUUAGGUGAUAGAUCCCGUAAAAAAGUUAAAGUAGAAAAAGCAGCAAAAGUACAGAAAACUGACAAAGAGGCGAAGUCUGAUCCUCUAGACAUCCCUCUGCCAGACUUCAGCAAAGAGGAUGACACAAAAUCAGCAGAAAAUAUCGUCCAGAAAAUCAAGGAGAAGAAACAACAACACUCUGAUUUAGUUAAAAAGGGUAUAGCAGCUAGUGUAGAAGCUGAUAAGGAGAAGGAUGAAUCAAACACAAAGGACUUCUUUGACAUUCCUUUACCUACAGUUGAGGACAAGCCAGGUGCACAGGACAAGGCAGACAGUGCAAAUGUUCAAGGAUCUCUGCUGCCUCCCCCACCACCACCACCUUCAGGGAUGGAACCACACCCAUCAAACAUGCAGCCACACUAUCACCCUGUUGGACCCCAUGGUGGACCUCUGGGUCCCCAUGGACAUCCUGGUGGUCCCCAUGGGCCAAACGGACGACAUGGCCCAUAUGGACCUCAUGACGGACCUCAUGACUAUCACCCGAUGUAUGAUGGACCAGGAGGAUAUGAUGGUCCCCAUGGACCUGGUGGUCCACAUCAUAUGGGAGGGCCUCAUGGGCCAGGUGGGCCUCAUGGACCUGGUGGCCCAAUGCCACAAAAUAUGCGAGGACCACCCCCUCAUCACAUGGGUGGACCCCCGCACAUGGGCCCCCCUCAUAAUAUGCACCGUGGACCACACAUGGGCCCACCACCCCGGAACAUGGGGCCACCACCAGGUAAUAUGGGCAUGAGAGGUAUGCCACAUCACCGCAUGCCUCCCCCAGGCCAGAGAAUGUACCCACCACCUAACAGAAUGGGACCGCCACCUGGCCAUAAUAUGGGGCCUCCCCCACACAUGCAGAAUAUGCCACCCCCACACAUGGGUCCCCCACACCACAUGGGAGGUCCAAAUGACCCGUACAACAUGGGCCACCGUUAUCCCUACCAUAACCCAGACAUGAGAGACCCAUCAAAGGACAAGGACAAAACGCCUCCUCCGCUUCCACCCUCACGGUCUCCCUCACCACAGCCUCCUCCACCAACCAAGGAGGAGGAGAAGAAGGUCGAAGAGAUUGUCACGAACCCGUCCAUUGUGAUCCCUCCAGAGCAAAUAGAGCAGUAUAAACGUCUACAGGAGCAGGCCCAGAAACAUGCUGUGAAACAGUUGCGACGACAAGCCAAACAGGAGAAGGGUGAGGCCAUAAGUGAAUCCUCAUCCUCUGAGGAAGAGCCAGAGGAAGAGGAAAAUGUAGAGGAGCAGUCGGUAGUGUCAGUGGAUGAGGAUCAAAUCUCAAUAGAGGAACUACAGCAACAACAGCAACAACCCACACUCAUCGCCAUACAGUCCCCCGUACCACAACAGACAAUCAUGUUGGCACAACCAACAGCUCAGCAGUCUGUCCUGUCACAACUGCAGAUGGCUGGUAUGGCAGGGAUGGGACAUUCUCCGCAAAUCAUGUCCACGGCAAGUGGUCAGCACAUUCUCAUCCCUCAGCAUUCGGCUGCAGGCCUUGUUCCCAUUCAAGCAGGGGCACCUAUGAUUGCUGUCCCUCAGCAUGCAGGACUACAGCCUGUGAAUGCCCUGGCUGCUGCGGCUGCUGGGGCACAGCCUGCUCACAUCCCUGGACUUAUGCAGGCAACCCCUCAGAUCCACCUGACACAUUCAGGACAUGGGAUACCAUUAGGGGCCCAGCCUACUCUCAUAUCACAUCAACACCAACAAAUUCUCGCCGCCCAACAGCAGAUGGCUGCAGCAGCAGCGGCAGCCAGUGCUGGACAAACCAUGCAUCUGCCCCAACACUAUCUUGCUGCACAUGGUGGCCAGCCAGUCAUUGUCGGCAACCAUCUGCUCAUCCCGCGACUCGUACGUCCUCACCUGUAAAAUGCAUAUGUGAAUACACACUUCUAAUCUCAGCAUUUUAUAUGGAAAUUGUGGCAUGUCCAAAUGAAUUCUCUUUGUUCAGAUAAAAAAUCAGUGCUAUAAGGAUGUGCCAAAUAAGUAGGAUUCCAUUGUGGAUUGUGGAGAAGUGUGAGCAGGCUAGUUUAUCUGGUGUUAUUUGGUGAUUGAAUACUCCAUGUCCUGGACAUGUAAGACAUGUCUCCGAACUGAUCCUCUGGAGUGUUACUUGUGAUAAGCAAUAAUGUAUACAUAUAACUUCCUACAAGCUCAGACAAAUGACAAUUUCCCAGCCAACCAGGAAGUGAUUUUUAUUGGAGGGGAGUGGCUGUUUAACAUUAAUCAUGUUCAAAACAAUAAUCUUCCCAUUGCGUCUCAUGUUGGACAAAGGGAGGUCUACUAUGCACAACUUGGAUAAUAAUAGAAUAUGUGCUGGUGUAUGGCUUCUCAACUUAAUGGCUAGUUACUGCAAUGGAAGCUUGGGGUGUUCAUCUGAUUUAUAUUUUAAUUAUGCUAUUUAUUUUUUGUUUCCUGAUUAUUUUGUGUUAAACACAUGAUUAAAUAUAUAAAAAAGAAAUUGAAAUGUGUUUGACACAGACCUAAUUGUAUAUAUAAUUACUAGCUAUAAUAUGUAACAGUAAGCCACGUCUUAUUUCAGGCAAUUGAAAUGAAUAUUGUACGUGGCAAGCAGUAUCUUAUCUUAAAUUCAAAUAUUUCUCAAAAGUUCGUUCAAAUUUAGAGAAGGUUCUUCUGCAUUAUAUAAUUAACUCUUUCUCUGAUCACUUUUGCUGUCAGACCUAUUGGUACCUUACGGAGCUUCCAGUAUGACUGAAAGCAAUAUUAUAAGUGGUGGCGAUUCAAUGUUGUUACAGUGGAUGAGCUCCUGGUGGCCGAGAGGUAGUAUCGGGUAAAACAGAGUAACAACAUGGAAAUAGUUUCUCAUCUUAAGUAACUAAUGAUGGACAUGGAUAGAUCAAUACACUCAUGUUAUCCUGGUUCCCCAUGUGUUCGGUGGGUAUCUUUAGGGCCUACAUCUAUUUGAAAUGUAUCAUUGACUUUUUUUCUCUUAGAUAGUUUCUAGGUCAUAUCUGUUGAAGGACUGAUACAAUCAAAUUUGACAAAGGUUGAUUUGCUGGUGAACAAUACAGACCCCUUGGACCCUUUGUUAAUAGAAAAUUGAUAUGCUUUUUAGGUGCAAUCUAUGUUGUAUCAAAGAAAAGCUAUGUUUUGCUCAAUAUUUUUUAUAAAUUGGGUCAGCUUAAAUAAUGAAUUAUAGAUAUACAUGUAUUUCUUUUUUCUUUUCUUUUUUCCCCCCACAAAUUUUACAAAUUGUUCUGCCUUGCAGAUUAAAUCCCAGGAACCUUUUCAUUUAAAUCGGAGAGCCUUCCACUGUUAUUACAGUUGACGAUUAUAUUGAAACUGUUUUAUAGAGAAUAAUUCAGAAGGGCCCUAGGACCCACUUCCAAUUAACUGUAUGAACAUAGAAGAGGAAAUGUAUUUUUAGCUUUCCGGAUGAUUCUUGUCUGUCUUCCUAUGUUCCUGUAAGAAAAGCAACACUUUCUAUACUUGUACUCUGAUUAAUAUUAUUGGUGACUUUUAAUGCUUCUAAUAUAGCAAGAAAAUUAAUUUUAUUGUUGUAUUUAUUCCUAAUUGUUUUAAUGAUGACAAAUAAGAAAAUCAACACUGAAUUUAAACAUUGUCAUCAAGCUGAGGUGAGGUUUUGUGAUUGGUGUUCAUGUUAAUGGUAUGUGGAGAUAUUUUUAUCAUUGAUGAAUGUUGAAUGUCUGGUUACUGGAAUAUCCCUACACAUGGAUAUGUAUCGUGUCAGUCCCGUAUAUACAAGUGUUACAGUUUUAACAGUUUACAAUGAAAGUUUAUUGUUACUACAAGAUGACAUUGUUGUCAUUAGUCUAUUCAUGAUUGAAGGUAUUACACCAGUAUAUUUGUCUGUCUGCAAGAUACUGAAGGGGAAAUGGAUGCCUUCCGUGUGAUGAAUAAGGGGGAGGUAACUUGUGUGAUUGUUGACUGUUGCAUGUAAUUACCUGUGAGUGCUUCAAGCAUGUGGUGUAUAUGGUAAUAUGACAGAAUGUGUUAGCCAUUUGUUAUGUAAUGCCAUUAACUAGAUAAAAAUAUUGAUUUAAAAAGAACUCAA